GACGUCAGCCCGGCGAGCGGGCCAAUGGGGGGCGCCGAGGGGCGGGGCGGGCGGCAGUGCUGGAAUGCGGCGGCGGCGGCGCGGGCGGCGGCGGGUCCAGUGCUGACGCGAAGCUGCCCCCCGGCAGCCGCCCCACAUGUGAAAUCGGGGCAAAUCGCAGCUUUCCGAGGAGCGGCCCCGCUGCGUCGCCCCCGCCACCAUGUCCACCUUCCGGCAGGAGAACGUGGAGGACCACUACGAAAUGGGGGAGGAGCUGGGCAGUGGCCAGUUUGCCAUCGUGCGGAAGUGCCGGGAGAGGAAGACGGGACUGGAAUACGCGGCCAAAUUCAUCAAGAAGCGCCGGCUGUCGUCGAGCCGGCGGGGCGUGAGCCGGGAGGAGAUCGAGAGGGAGGUGGACAUCCUGCGGGAGAUCCAGCACCCCAACAUCAUCACGCUGCACGACAUCUUCGAGAACAAAACGGACGUGGUGCUGAUCCUGGAGCUGGUCUCGGGCGGCGAGCUCUUCGACUUCCUGGCCGAGAAGGAGUCCCUGACGGAGGAGGAGGCCACCCAGUUCCUCAAGCAGAUCCUGGACGGCGUGCACUAUCUGCACUCCAAGCGCAUCGCUCACUUCGACUUGAAGCCGGAGAACAUCAUGCUGCUGGACAAGAACGUGCCAAACCCUCGCAUCAAACUCAUCGACUUCGGCAUCGCCCACAAGAUUGAAGCUGGGAACGAGUUCAAGAACAUAUUUGGGACCCCGGAGUUUGUAGCCCCGGAAAUAGUGAACUACGAACCGCUGGGGCUGGAGGCCGACAUGUGGAGCAUUGGGGUCAUCACGUAUAUCCUGCUGAGCGGAGCCUCCCCCUUCCUGGGGGAGACGAAGCAAGAGACCCUGACCAACAUAUCCGCCGUCAACUACGACUUCGACGAGGAGUAUUUCAGCAACACCAGCGAGCUGGCCAAGGACUUCAUCCGGCGCCUGCUUGUGAAGGAUCCCAAGAAGCGGAUGACGAUAGCUCAAAGCCUGGAGCAUCCUUGGAUUAAGGUGAUCAAGAGGAGGAACGUCCGCAACGAAGACAAUGGCAAGAAGCCCGAGCGCCGCCGGCUGAAGACCACGCGCCUGAAGGAGUACACUAUCAAGUCCCACUCCAGCAUGCCACCGAACAACACCUACAUCAACUUUGAGCGCUUCUCCAAGGUCAUGGAGGAGGUGGCUGCGGCCGAGGAGAGCCUCCGGGAGCUGGAGAGGAACAAGAAGUCCUUCCGGGAGGACAUCGAGGCCCUGCUGUCCAUCUACGAGGAGAAGGAGUCGUGGUACAAGGAGGAGAAUGAAAGCAUCAGCCAGGACCUCCGGCAGAUCCGGCAGGAGCUGCAGAAGACGGAGGCCCUGAAGAAGCAAGCCCAGGAGGAGACCAAGAGCGUGCUGCAGGUGGCCAACGGCCUCAAGAGGCGCUACCGGAAGCUGGAGAACCACUACGAGGCGCUGGCCAAGCAGGUGGCCUCCGAGAUGAAGUUCGUGCAGGAGCUGGUGUGGUCCAUCGAGCGGGAGAAGCUGCAGAGCGGCGAGGGCGACGGCAGCAUCCGCUAGCUCGGGCCCUGGUGCCAACGGGGGUGGGAGGGAAGGGGGAGGCACGCGGCCGCGAUGCCCGUCGGGGAAGGGACGCCAAGUCCCACGUGGCCCCAGCUUUGCUUAUUUGCCCGGAGCAGCUUUAUUGGCCUGAGUAGUAGUGGAUUGCAGCAGCUUUUAGUGUAGCGAUGCGGCUGCCCGAGGACCGCGGUCCCGGCGUGCCGUCCUGGCGUCCCCUUGGAGCCUGGCUGUCUUUGGGUCGCGGUAGUUGGUCUUUGCCGAAUCCUUCGUUUGUGCUAACGCAGGAGGCAGAGCUGUAGCAACCUCUGUGGCUCUGCCCCUUCCUCAUGCGAGGAGCUGGUCCACUGAGAGCCUUCAGCAGAUCCCUCAAUGUUUCUUAUCUCCAAUUUUCAGACCUCCAGCCAUCAUUUCCCCCCUGCUCCUAUAGCUGUCCAGACCUAGGGCUACUCUGCUCCGACUCGUAGCAGCAGUAGAGGACUUGCGUGGACAAACUGCCCAGCCUGCGGGCUUGUGGUCCAUUAUCUUCAUGCUUUUCUUCUUCUUCUUUUUGUGCCUCUGGACGCCGCUCUCACCGCGUGGCAGCAAACAGGGGAUGCUCCGGGGCACGCAGAGCCGAGGGCACUCUCCCAGCAAGGCUGGGCAUGGUCUCAGCUCGCGCUCGCCUUUUUGCGGGCCGUCCAGGCAGCAGCUGAGAUCCUCAGCCCCACCUUCACCCCACGGGUGUCCUCUCGGUGUCUUCUUGCAGGCUGUUCUGCAUCCGGGAGCCUCGUCUCUACCACUGCCCUGUGCUGCAGCAUCGCCCUGGCCGUUGGGGUCUCUAUGGGGGGAGAAACCUCUUUGAAACCCCUGUGGCAGCUCAUCGCUUGCUAAAUCCAUCUGUCCGCCCUGUGGUGCUUGCUCUCCCUCCCCGGGGGGUUUCCAGCUCUGUCCAAGCGCUCCGAGAAUCGCGUUUCAUCGGCGGUUUGCAGCGAUUUGGCCAAGCUCCGGCGGGUCGGGCCCUCCUCAUCCUCCUCCUGUGCCUUUUCCCUGGGGCUCCUUGGCCCCGGUGGGGGUGAACUGGCCUGUGCGAGGUCUCCGAGGGGCUGGAAAGGUCUUUUUCAAAUGCAGUUUGUGGCCUUCUGACAUUCCCGGUGGCCAUCGCCGCCAUCCUCCCACCGCAGCUCGCUGUGGGAUAAAUGAAAAGGAUAAAUACCCUUUUCCUUUGCUUUGCUUCGGUUCCUCCUCAGCGCAUCCUCUGCCUCCUUCCCUGGCUCCUGCCUGUCCGCCGGGGCACGCGUGCUCGGGGAGGCAACGGGCCGUCGCUCGACAGCCGUGGGGCUGCUCACCGCUUUCCAGCCGCGUUCGCGGUUCUCGCUGCCGCCUUGCCGCACGGGCGUCCCGGCAUCCCGACAUCCCGUCUCCGGGCUUGCGCUGGGUGCUGCAGCGGGACGGGGCCGGCCGGGCCGGGUCCGCGAGGGAAGGCACGAGCGUCGCUCUGCCCUUUCGCGCGGUGCAGGGUCUCCGAUAACCUGGUCGGCAGGUUUUGGGGCUCCCCUGGCUUUGCAUUCCCGCGGGCCGCUUGCCCGGGCUCUCUGGUUUUAACGAAAUAAAGGUUUCCAUGCGAAGGGA